AUGCAGAGUGUUAGUGUUCUCAGAAAAAAAAUAUUAUUGAUAAAGAUUCAGAUGAAAAUUAAGAAGAUGAAAAUAAUUAAAAAUUUUUAACUUAAAGAAGCAAAGAAUCACUCAAGUAAGAAAGCCCUAUAAAAAAAAUAUUAGUAAAAGAUGAUUCAUAAGAAAGCAAUCUUAAUCAAAGUAAUGCUUAAGAAAAAAUUGAAGUAUAAAAUGCUACACAAAAUAAUACAAAUAUUAGUGAAAAGACAAAUAAAAUAAAAAUACUUUAAAAUCAAGGAAAUCAUACACAAUAAAAAUCUCCUUCUAAUAUUUAAAAUGGGUAUUUUUCUAUAGACGAAUGUAAAAACUAAAAAAUUAUUUAUUCGAAUAAGAAAAAAAAUUCUUUUAAUUUCAACACACCUUCGAAGAUUGACAAAAAUUGUAAAUCUAUUAUAAGUUCUGAUUAUGAAAAUGAAUCUGAAAAUUCUUUAAAUUCUCCAUCAUUACCUCCAAUACUUGUAUGCACUUAAUAAGAAAUUAUCAAAAAGCUAUAUAAGGCCAAGCCUAAAAGAAAAACAAUCACUCAAUAAGAAGAAUAGGAAGGUUAUGAUUAAUCUCAAUAAAAGUCAUCUAAAAGAUAAAGUUAAGGACGUAACUCACUUAAAAAGUAGAUAAGUAGAUAAUCAUAUACAAACUCUGGAUAGUCAAAUUAAAAUUUUGAUAAUUCUUUAAUUUCCCACACAAACAUUUAAUUAAACUAGUAGGUGA